CUUAGAUAGGUGAAUUUCAAACCAAAAGACCUGAAGCGGGGCAGCAAAGGUGAAUGUAAAGAUCCUUUGUAUCUUUGCCCUUAGGCGUAGGCAGGUAAGGUAAGACUGGUAAUUGCAUAAAAGGCAUGUCCUUGUUGCGCAGACCAAACAACCACAGUAUGCAUUCGUCCGGCAACAAAGGCAGCCAUCCAUCAUUCUAGAUAGCACUGUCGCCAUCGGAAUCGAGAUAUUGUGGCUCUCCUUGCCAACCUCUGGCCUCUAAAAUUAGAAUACACAUUCAACGCCCUACUCCCCAUUCUAUGGUCAUUUUUAUGUGAGCUUUCUGUACUCGAUUGUGUGGGUGAUUUCAUCAGGAAGAUGCGGCAGCUUUGCAUCAAUAUCCUCGUCACGACAAUAUUUGAGAUCUCUCAUCACACAGUUCUCGCUAUACCUUAUCGAAGCGGCGGUUGUGCUGGAUAAAUAUGCCGACAAGACGCUCCAUUCCCACGGCGCUCACUGCAGUCAAGCCAUCAGUGGUGGUACCCCUCCAGAAAGUGCUCUACAACAGCGAAGAUCCUACUCUCGAACUAGAUGGUCUGAUCGAGCUUGUUAUCAAGGAUGAGCGACAGCUUCAGCCAGGCGUAUCCUGGACAGCAGGAUCAUUUGCAACAGAGCAAACACUGACUGUAUUAUGUGGCAACCAUAUCAUUAAGGCCGAGGGGGCCUUUUCCUCUCUCACCUUGCAAUAUCCGUCUUCGGCAAGCUUCACCAACUUUUUGAAGAGGCGCGGGGCGCCUACUGUGACGGAAACUGGCACCUCAACAGCAACAGGCAAUGGCAGGGCAGACGACGGUACCACGAACUCUCUGCAGGUUUUCUUCGCAAGCAAUGACGACUAUUCGGAGACGGCAAGCGAACUCGAAAAGCUCAAGAUUCUCAAACCUGCGGUUCCUCUCACACGCCCGCAUUCUGCUUCUCAAAUGCCUGUCGGUAUCCUCCGGCCUUUGUGUACUCAGUUGCCCCGACCUUCUUCUGCUCAGCUUACUCGCCCCUCCUCUGCACAACCGCAGCUGGGAAUAUCACGCCAGAAUUCAGGCUUUCAUCCGGGAAGGUUUUUAAGCCCCGUAUCCUACCGCCCAUUGCAACGCAACGGUAGAGGUCAGCUUGUGCGUCGAGUAGCUGGCAUUCCAUCGCCAGCAAUGAGAAUUUCGCCCAUGUUUCGGCCCAAAGACAGAGCGGAUUCACAUACCACUGCCGAAAGGAUGUCCUCUUCGCAAGAGGUUCACUCUGGAUUGCCUCAGACGCAGUACUCAGAUACCACCAGUCCUUACUUCCCCAUCGAUCAAAGUUCGCAAGUCCUUGGGUUUCAAGACAGCUUCGAUUCCCCUUAUAACAUUUACGGAGACGACCAAGAGCAUAUCGACCUUGCACCUCGACGGGCGCCUAUCAUCAGCAACCAUGGACAGCCGCCGACCCAGGCUCGUUAUUUGGUGGGCAGCGCCCAUCUGCCCCUUAGUGGUCUAGUCCGUGGGCCCAUGACACCACCAGUUUUCAGGACAGAGGCAGAAGGUUAUCGUCCCGAUCAAUUUACGCCAAAGCCUGACCGCCUCACCCGUCUGCACUCGCAAGGGGAUGAGGCCGACUAUCAACGCCUCUUAAGAAGUACGCGCUCAGGAUUCCUGACCACGAGUCACCAUCAACCUGCAGACGACUCGCAACAAGACUACAUAAAUAUCGUCACUAAGGGGAUGGAGCACUUUCGAGCCACUCAACGAAAACUUGACGCGGUUUUGACAGCGAACGAACCGAAUUCGGAAGACAUGAAAGAAAUCUUGGCUGAGUAUGCGGACGAAUUCGGUCGUAUCUGGGGUUCUCUUUGCAAAGAAGGUGGUCCUUAA